AUGAGACAAGAAGCAUCCUGUGAAUUUUCUUCUGACGACGAUGAUGACGAUAUUCUCUUAGAAUUAGGAACAAGGCCUCCAAGGUUCACCCAGGUACCGUCAUCAUCAGUAGCGCUGGAAACGCAACUGCCUGCCGCCCUCAGCGCUCCCAACUCUACAUCCAAUAAAAAGAGUGAUAAUGAGAACGUGCUGAUGAACCAGCUGAAUAAGGCUCAAGGUGAGGCAAGCAUGCUUCGUGAUAAAAUGAAUUUCUUGAAAAUUGAAAGAGAAAAGGAGAAGAACUCUCAAGUCAUCAAAGCAAGUGAAUUGCAGGCCAAACAUCUUCAAGAAUUGGCCAAACUAAAGCAGGAAUUACAGAAGCUAGAGGACGAAAAGAAGUUUUUACAAAUGGAAGCGAGAGGGAAGUCUAAGAAGGAGGUCACGGCGACCGCAAACGCACCAUCAACAGCAUCGCCUGCGAAUACAAAAACCAUAACACCAGAUUCUUCAUCAGUUGCAAUAGAAGCAAAAACACAGUCGCCGCGCUUAAAAAAACGUAGGAUUAACGAUAGUUUGCCAAAAAAAAAUAUAGUACCUUUGAAUCCCAAUAGGAUUAUCCCCGAUGAAACAAGUUUAUUUCUCGAAUCUCUGUUGCUUCACCAAAUAAUAGGUGCAAACUUAAGCACAGUGGAAAUAUUAAACAGGUUGAAACUUGAACAUAUCAAUGAGUUCAAUUUCAAGAAUUUUGUCAUAUCUAAGGGCUCCCCCAUAGGGAAGUCAAUAGUUUUUUUGCUCUUACGAUGUAAAAAAACCUUGACACUCGACAGAUUCAUAGACACCUUACUAGAAGACAUAGCCGUGCUCAUUAAGGAAAUAUCAUUGCACCCCCAUGAGUCAAAAUUGGCUGUCCCAUUUUUGGUUGCGUUAAUGCACCAGAUUAUACAGUUCCGUCCCAGUGCUACUCAUAAUUUAGCUUUGAAGGAUUGUUUCCUCUUUAUUUGCGACCUAAUAAAGAUCUAUCAUCAUGUAUUGAAAAUACCAAUACAUGAGCCAAACAUGGAUCUGCAUGUAGGGCCUCAAAUCUUCCAAUACGAGCUAAUAGAGUAUCUGGUUAUUUCAUAUUCAUUUGAUCUCCUAGAAACUAUUGUAAGAGUUUUACAAUCGCACCCUAAGCAGACCUAUAUGGAGUUUUUCGAUGAAAAUAUACUGAGGUCAUUCGAAUUUGUUUACAAAUUAGCAUUAACCAUCUCAUACAAACCCAUGAUAAAUGUAAUAUUCAGUGCAGUUGGAGUGCUCAAUGUUGUCACUAAUAUCACUUUAAAUAUGGAGAACCCGUCAGACCUCAAGUCUUUAAUAAGCAGCAGCUGGUGGAGAGACUGUAUUACAAGAUUAUAUUCUCUUUUGGAAAAAGAGGUCAAGAGCGGCGACGCAUACGAUGAAAAAGUCGAUAAUACAACUCUUCAUAUGUCUAAAUUUCACAACUUCUUUGGAUUAGUCCGAAAUAUUGGCGACAAUGAACUGGGAGGAUUAAUAUCAAAGUUGAUCUAUGAUGACCGGUUGCAAAGUAUACCGAGAGUAAUCUCUAAAGAAGACAUACUAGUAGACAACGACAAAUUUGUCGCACCUAUAAUAAAUUACAAAUUAGAAAGAUGGUUCUUAAAAUUAAAGGACGAGAUAUUGAAUAUCUUUGAAAACCUUUUAAUGAUAUAUGGGGAUGAUACAAACAUAAUAAAUGGAGAAAUGCUCAUACACACCUCUGAAUUCUUAUCAAGGGAACAGGCAUUGAUGGCGGAAAGAUAUGUGGGGCAAGAUUCUCCGAACCUGGACCUUAGAUGCCAUCUUAUUGAACAUACUUUGACAAUAAUUUACAGGCUAUGGAAAGACCAUUUUAAACAGCUGCGUGAAGAACAAAUCAAGCAGGUAGAAAGCCAACUGAUCAUGUCAUUAUGGAGAUUUCUAGUAUGUAAAACUGAGAACGUGACAGCGAACGAAAGAGAAAUGAGAGAUCAUCGACAUCUUAUAGAUAGUUUGCAUGACCUAACAAUAAAGGAUCAAGCUUCUUAUUACGAAGACGCUUUUGAGGAGUUACCAGAAUACAUUGAAGAAGAAUUGAAGGUGGAGUUGAAUAAUAGGACUGCAAGAAUAAUGCAAGUGAAAUACGAUGAAAAAUUUCAAGAGAUGGCGAGGAGUAUUCUUGAAUCAAAAUCGUUUGAUUUAACCACAUUAGAGGAGGCGGAUUCACUAUAUAUUUCGAUGGGACUGUGA